GAUCCUGUUACGCGCACCUAUCGCACGGGACAACAUGCGAGGGGGGACGUCAGGGGGCUCCGCAGACGUUGAAGGAAACCUGACACAGUGCUACAUUAGCCCCUUGUUGCUAUGAUUUACACUCCAAACACACUGCAGGGGGUCCUCGGUUUAGGACGGUCGUGACUUAGGGGGUUUCAAGGUUCCAAAGGAUGGAAAAUGCGGCACGAGAAGUCAUGCUCAGUUACUACCGAGAAGUGUUGUUCAUAAAAACGUUUUUUGCGGGGAGGAGUAACAACUUUUAUAUCCAAGAUUAGGAAAAGUUUGUCUCGUUACCUCCUUCCCUUCCAAAGCCAUGUGAGUCAUGGUUGAAUCGGUCUUGUAGGUUGAACACUGGUAAGUCCAAAUGCUCUUCUACUCCAAUGCUGGACUGCUCCUCAUUCAGAUCAAAAUCCUCAGUAGCAAUUCUAGGAGCCCCGAGGUACACCCAUGGUGGAACUCCAGCAGGUCAACAGGGAUAUAUGUCAGAGUUCAUCUCCUAUCGCUGGUGUCUUCUCUCCAGCCACCAACAGUGAGGACGAGGAGGAGGCUAGGACUGCUCCUUCCUAACUCGUCGCCAAUGACUUGUGUGGGUCUCGAAGGCCCAGCGGGAAUACUUAAACAUUCAUGGGGCUCAGGCAGCAAACGGUCUUUCUGCGCUUCCAUGUGUGUGUGUUAUACUGUAAUACAAAGACGGAGAAACCCUAUCCUUCCAGGGUCCCAUCCUUAGCGGGCUCAGCCAUAAAAUUAAAGCACAGGUAUUUGAUUACUGAUCUUUGAUUAGACGGAUGGAUUUCAAACUGAUUACGAACGGCACUCGAGCCCCGUGAUGUCAUGUAUAGAAAGAAUAAUUGCACUGUACUGGAGAGUGAAAUCUCGUGUGUCGUCAGAAGUCUCUCCCAAUUUGUGGAAAUCGGCUAUAUAGAGACCUUUUAACACUCCCUUAGUCCCAUAUUGACCACAGUCUCAUUUACUCUAAUUACACUUAUGGGCAUAUUGGCAUUUACAUCAGAUACAAUGACACAAGAAAGUGGCAAAAGAUUGAAAUGAAUAUGAUAAUACACACAAGGCUACUCCCUUAAAACAUAGUGGUAACAUCUUUCACCGUAGUCCAUACAAAGCAACAACUGUCAAUCAACAACAGCAAUGUUACGUUUUCUAAUCAUAUCCUACCUUUGUGUCCAUGCCGGAGCAAAUGAGAGAUGCUCUGCUUUGGCUUCUUCUGCUCUUUUGUGACGUCAGAGUGAAGCCGGUUGCGGAGUUCUCAACUAGGACCUCCCAGUUUAAAGGGGCGUUCCAAUGUUCCUGUACUUUUCCCAGUCACAGGGCGGAAAACUUCCCAUCUUCCUCGAAUGCAAGAGUCACCGAGGUACCCUCAUUGUUGUCUUUUCUCGGUCGACCGGGUUCGUUUCAGAAAAGUGGGUCGGUCGCAAACUCCACCGCCACGUGCCACUGCAAAUGUUUGUCGUGUGUCGUCCGUCUUGUCAACGCCGACAAAAUGAGCAAGUGGAACUCCGCCUCAGUCACUUACAUGCGGUGGAGAAAUACCGAUCAGAGCAUGGAGGGAAAUCCGGUGGAUCACAAUGGCGAGCGCUCAGGUUCAAUCAAGGAUGACGGCUGUGUCAUCAUCGGAGGGAUCGAACUAGGGUGCAGAAAGUCUUCAUUGGCGGUUGAUCCCAAACAUGAAACCUUCACUCUCGAUGAGGCGUUGGAUGCUCUCGGCUUUGGGAGGUUCCAGUUGAAAUUGCUAUUCAUCACUGGCUUUUCCUGGGUGGCAGAUGCCAUGGAGAUGAUGAUCCUCAGCAUCCUUGGCCCGCAGCUGCACUGCGAGUGGUUCUUGGAAGGCUACAAAGUGGCUCUCAUAACCUCGGUGGUGUUUGCCGGGAUGAGCUUCAGUUCGUCACUAUGGGGCAACUUGUCGGACAAGUACGGGAGGAAAAAGGGCCUGACCAUUUGUAUGUGCUGGACUUUUUACUACAGCAUGUUGAGCGCCCUGGCUCCAAAUUUUUUUUGGAUGUUGCUGCUGCGAGGCAUGGUGGGCAUAGGCAUUGGAGGAGCUCAUCAAUCCCUGACCCUCUACUCGGAAUUCGUUCCACGCAAGUCGAGGGGGUUCUCCAUCGUCCUGAUGGCGGUUGUUACACGUGCAUCACUUUCACUGUACAAUGCAAAUGAUAAGGUAUUUUGGACUGUCGGCGUGGUGUUCGAAGUCCUCCUGGCCGUGUUGGUUAUGCCCACCCUCGGCUGGCGAUGGCUAGUAGGCAUGUCCGCCAUACCAUUGGGCAUCUUUCUCUGCUUUUGCUUGUGUCUGCCCGAGAGUCCUCGUGUCAACCUGCUGAACGGCAACAGUGCCAAAGUCAUGGCGUUGUUAGCAAGCAUCGCGAAAGACAACGGCAAAACCUUACCUCACGGAAGGAUCCUCUGCAACAUACAGCGAAAUCGCCGCGGGCGUCUCCGGGAUCUUUUUACACGACAGUAUUACAAAACCACGCUUCUCCUCUGGUUCAUUUGGUUUUCAUUUGCCUUUACUUAUUAUGGAAUCAUCCUUCUGACCACUGAGCUGUUCCAAGCUGGACAUUCGUGUGGGGUCACCCAGGGGGCCAAAAUUGAACCGGGGUGUAGUCUGGAAUGCAAAUUACUGACAUCAGACGACUACAGAGACUUGUUAUGGACCACCUUGGCUGAAUUUCCAGGCCUGGUGGUGGUUCUGGGUACGGUGGACUGUCUGGGCAGGAAAAAAAGCAUGGCCUUGCCCCUCUUCAUCUUCACUCUGAGCCUUCUGCCCUUGUACGCCUGUAUUGGGAGGACGGCGCUCACCAUUUUCAUCUUCAUCGGCAGAGCCUUCAUCUCGGGGGGAUUCCAAGUUGUUUAUGUGUACACGCCAGAGGUCUUUCCGACCGAGACCAGGGCCUUGGCCAUUGGCACCUGCAGCGCUAUCUCCAAGGUGGGCGCCCUCAUCACACCCUUUGUGGCACAGGUGCUGCUUCGACAUUCUGUAUCCUUGACGCUGGCCGUGUAUUGCUUCUGCUCUUUGCUGGCCGGCUUCAUGUGCCUGCUGCUGCCCAUCGAGACAUCGGGAAGGGCCCUCCAGGAGUCUGAGCGAACGCCCACGCUAGGUUCUGCGAGAAGGCUGAGCUAAAAGUCCCACGGCGGGCAUUCAAGCUGUUGCCUGUUGUCAGAGAUGGACACUUUGGCAAAGGCGAGGAGUCAAGACGGGUGUCGUUAAGGUGGAAGUGGUUUCAUUGGUAGUUUGGAGCACUGUUACAUUGCCUUGGGGGGUUUAUAUCGAGCUUUAUCCGUCAUGUCCGUUGAGCCCCAUAGACACCAUGUUGUUGGACUUUGCUGUUUACAGAGUUCGCCGAUGUUUCUAAGCAUGGAAUGGUGGUUCUUAAUUGCCUGUAAACCGGACAAGAUGGGAGCAAAGCACGUUAGCACAUUUUUUCUUUGCAAAAGGGACUGCUUAAAUGAAGCGCCUCGCCUCGGUUCAAUAAAAUGCCACUAGCUGGUGCCAAAGAAAAACUUUAUUGAGCUUUGUCUUGAGCACAAAAACUGAAAAACAGGAUCGAGGUUCCCCCCCAAAACAUCUUUGUGGGUGAAUUUGUGAAUGCUGAGCUGCAAACGUGCGAGGGUUUUCAGUCAUUUUGAAAUUGAUUGUUCCUUCAUUAAACUUCGACUGUAAAUAUUGUAACAUUACAUCUUCAUUUGGGAGAAAAAAAAACUAUUUUCUAAAGAUUACUUUUCAUUGCAAAAUCCGUUCUUGUUUUUCACAGGACAUGGACUACUCCCACCAAAAAAAAAAAAGCGUUUUUUUUUUUUUUUUUGUUUUUUUUCGGCCGAAUAUUUAAUUUUGUAACAUUCAUGUUAAAUGGCAGUCAGGACACAUCUGCCACUAUUUAAAGUGUUUCCAAAUAAUGUUAAAUAAAGUUCAGAUGUUCUCAGA